CUCUAGCUGUUCUAGAACCUUCUAGAAACUAAUCACAUGAUUUCACUCGCCUAUAAAGCUGUGUGUUGUUUUAUUGUAAGGUUCACUCGGCAAAAUAAUAUUCUUGAAAGCCAACAGGAGGCCAGGUAUCAGAAACAUCCAACUUCCGGAACGCUACAUCGGACGACACAUGCAAGCUUUGUGGUUCCACUUCCGCUGAGACCGCUUCUCACUUCACUGCCCACUGAGUGUCCCGCCCUCUCGUCAGUGCGCAACCCCCGCAGUCUCAUCCCUCUGUUAGUCUCUGACUCU